AAUCACAUCUAUAAACUAACGGCCUAGAUCAUAACAGAGCUCUCGAAGAACACAAUUGUAUCAGAGAUCUCUCUCCUCUCCUCUCCGCGACUCGAAUCAAAUCAAAUUAAACGACGGAACCCUAACCUCCAUGGAUCUCUCUUCUCGUUCCUUAUGGAUCCUCGUCGUCUUCCUCUCAAUCACCACCUCCUUCGCCGAGAUCCGCAAAUCCGAGAUCCGAUCCGAUGACCGGUCCAUCAUCCCCCUGGACGAGUUCGGAUUCACACACACAGGCCGCCUCGAGCUCGACGCCUCGAAGAUCUCCCUCUCCAACACCAACCCGGACCUCGACCUCUCCAAGGUCGGCUUCUUCCUCUGCACGCGCGACGCCUGGGUGCACGUGAUCCAGCAGCUCGAGGAGGAGGAGAUCACGUGCGCUCUCCAAUCAGAUCUCGUCAAGCACGUGUUCACCUUCAACAAACUCAACAAGAACACGAGCUUCUCCACCGUCUUCUCCGAGAACGACGCCGAUCAGUACUCCCUCGUCUUCGCCAACUGCCUCCAGCAGGGGAAAGUCACCAUGGACGUCAGAUCCGCCAUGUACAACCUCGAAGGCAAAAACGGCGGACGCGAUUACCUCUCCGCCGGGAGAACCGUGCUCCCCAAGGUCUACUUCCUCUUCUCGAUCAUCUACUUCUCCCUCGCCGCCACGUGGAUCUACGUCCUCUACAGGAAACGGCGCACGGUCUUCGCGAUCCAUUUCUUCAUGCUCGGCGUCGUCGUUUUGAAGGCUUCGAACUUAUUAUGCGAGGCGGAGGAUAAGUCUUACAUCAAGAAAACUGGAAACGCGCAUGGAUGGGAUGUGUUGUUCUACAUCUUCAACUUCCUCAAGGGGAUCACUCUUUUUACUCUGAUCGUUUUGAUCGGGACGGGGUGGUCCUUCUUGAAGCCUUACUUGCAGGACAAGGAAAAGAAAGUGUUGAUGAUCGUCAUACCACUCCAGGUCGUUGCUAACUUCGCGCAGGUGGUUAUCGAUGAGACGGGACCGUAUGGGCAAGACUGGGCCACUUGGAAACAGAUCUUUUUGCUGGUCGAUGUGGUUUGUUGCUGCGCUGUUUUGUUUCCCAUUGUUUGGUCUAUUAAAAACUUGCGUGAGGCGGCUAAGACUGAUGGGAAGGCUGCUGUGAACUUGGUUAAGUUGACUCUGUUUAGGCACUACUACAUUGUGGUUAUCUGCUAUAUCUACUUUACGCGAGUUGUUGUCUAUGCGCUGGAGACUAUUACCUCUUACAAAUAUAUGUGGACUAGUGUUGUGGCCAGCGAGUUGGCUACUUUGGCGUUUUAUGUUUUCACUGGGUAUAAGUUCAGGCCUGAGGUGCAUAACCCUUACUUUGUUGUUGAUGAUGAUGAGGAAGAGGCUGCGGCUGAGGCGCUGAAGCUCGAAGACGAGUUUGAAUUGUAAGAAGCAUAUACUUUUGUUUGACAGGGUGGUUGAGAGAGUAAUUAUAUGGUAAACCAGCUUCGCUUUUCUGUUUUUUUAUUUCUUCUUUUUAAAUUUAUGUUAUUAGAAUGCAAUACCUAUUUUGUUUUUUUUUUAAUGUGUUGUUAAGACAUUUAUAUAGACUCCGGUGAAUGUCUUACUCUUAACCAUUGCAUAGUAUAAUUUUGUAUUAAUGGUAACAUGAAAAACGCUUGGUGCUU